CUGCGGUGAGAGGAGAACAGCACAGAGUUUAUCAGACCCGAAGUAAAAGAAGAAUAAAAAAAUGGUCUUGCCUGGAAUAAUGCUCGGAGCCGUGGCUGGCUUGGCAGCCACAGCCGCGGUCCCACCACUUGCUGGGCUGCUGGGUUUUACUGGAGCUGGAAUUGCAGCUGGAUCCACAGCUGCAGGCUGGAUGUCGACCUCUGCCAUUGCCAGCGGUGGAGGAGUGGCUGCCGGGAGCCUCGUGGCCGUGCUGCAGUCAAUCGGUGCUGCAGGUAUGUCAGCAGCUACCUACGUUGCAGGGGCAGCAGGCGGAGCAACUGGAGGAGCGCUCCUGGUUGCCCUUCUCUAAAGAAAGCUGGAAGAGUCCUUCUAGGCUCUGCAGAGGAAGAGUGCCGUGCUGCCUGCUUCUGGAUGAGCCUUGGCUAAUACCUAAGAAGAAAUCCGUUCUAACGUGAAGAGGUGCAUGCUACUUGUCUUCGCUGGCACAGAAAAAUCUAUUUUCAGGUUUCUGUUUCUUCCUUGCAGUUUUUUCACUUCAACUCUUUAAGGGUGUAUCUAUAUGGGAGCUUCUCUUGCUAUAGUCUCAGUAGCUUCAUGCCGGGAUGGAAAAAAUGCUGUGUUGUGAGGGGUAGUAGUGCCUGUUAUAAUGCUAGACUUAAAUUCUGUGGAAAUAAAUAAUGUAAUGUGAUCCUGGGCCUCCCGAGAGGGAGAAAAAGUGUACCAUGAAACUCCUGUCUUAUGGAAGGUGGUCCAAUACAGUUAAUGGAGAGAGAUGGGUUGAAGAACUUGUUAUGCAAAUGGCGAGCAAUUCUGUAUUUGUGUUGGUAAACUGUAACACCUUUUAAUUGUCAAGUCGGAACAAGACCAUUUUGGGGCGACUGCCUAUUUAUAAUUGUGCCUAUGUUUGGAUGCAUUGUAAGGGUUAUUUGAAAUCAUAAAAGAUUAUCCCAUUUUCUCAAGAUGGAGCUAUACAUCACCAUACCAAUCAUGCAGGAUACUCAGCACUAACAUUGUAAACGUCUGACUUAAAAAAAAUAAAGAUAUGUAGCAAUAUGGCUAAUAUUGAGUGAAACAUACUGAAAUAUAUAAUGAAAGGAAGAAAAUCUUCAACUUUUACAAAAAUCAACUAAUUGUAUGGUUGUAUCCUGGCAACAGGGGCACUUUCCUCCCUGGCAGACCAAGGCAGCAGGGUAAUGAGGUCGCUCUGAUCCACUCUGGAGCUCUGGGCAGAGAAAGCCUCAACA